CCCCUACUCAAAGAUGGCGUCUCGAAAUGCAAAGGACGGCGUGAAUGAAGCGCGAGCUGUGAAUAAGUUAAAAAACGACAAAAAACAAACGGAUGAAGCCGAUCUCCUGACUGUCCCCGACGGCUGGAAAGAGGAGCCCUUUACCAAAGACGACAACCCGCGCGGUAUGUUGGACGAGAGCAGCUUCGCCACCCUAUUCCCAAAAUACCGAGAGUCCUACCUGAAAGAUUGCUGGCCGCUGGUGGAGAAGGCUUUGGGAGAAACUUAUAUAAAAGCCUCCCUGGACCUGAUUGAGGGCAGCAUGACUGUCUGCACCACAAGGAAAACCUUUGACCCGUACGCCAUCAUCAGAGCCAGGGAUCUCAUCAAGUUGCUUGCCAGGAGCGUUCCAUUUGAACAUGCCGUACGGAUAUUACAAGACGACGUGGCGUGUGACAUCAUCAAAGUAGGGACCCUGGUGAGGAACACAGAGCGAUUUGUGAAGCGAAGACAGCGUCUUAUCGGCCCGAAAGGUUCCACCUUAAAAGCUUUGGAACUGCUGACCAACUGCUACGUGAUGGUUCAGGGCAACACUGUGUCCGCCCUGGGACCCUACAACGGCCUGAAGGAGGUGCGCAAGGUUGUCACGGACACGAUGAAAAACAUCCACCCCAUCUACAACAUCAAGACGCUGAUGAUCAAACGGGAACUGUCCAAAGACCCCGAGCUCCGCUUGCAGAACUGGGAGCGCUUCCUGCCCAAGUUCCGACACAAGAAUCUGGCCAAGCGCAAGGAGCCCAAGAAGAAGAGCGUGAAGAAAGAGUACACUCCCUUCCCGCCACAACAGCCAGACAGCCAGAUUGACAAGGAACUGGCCACGGGUGAAUUCUUCCUGCGAGAAAGCGUUAAAAAGAGGAAGAGGAUGGAAGAGAUAAAGGUGAAGCAAGCCGAGGCGCUGACCAAGAAGCAGGAGCAGAGGAACAAAGCUUUUAUUCCUCCUAAAGAGAAACCCUUACUGAAGAAGACGAAAGCUCCUGUGGAAAGCAAGCUGGACAUUGACGCCAUUAAGGAGAAAGUAAAAAAGGCCAAAACCAAGAAGCUGGGAGCCCCUCCAGUGAACCCAGCGCCUCCCGCCGCCUGCACCACAAACAAAAAGAAAAAAACUAAGAGCAAAAGCUGAGCAUCACACUAAGAACUCUUGUCGUUUGUUUUUUGUGACAUGGUAGUUGUUGGAGACUUGGAGAGAAAGUGAAACGUUCCACACCCAUUCUAUGAGGAAUCUCAAUCUGACUCUGUAAAUUCUCUAUCAUUGUGCAGAUUUGCUCUGGUCAGUAUUUAUAGUUAAGAUCUAUUUCUCUGCUCUGUGAUGUGUUGGACCACUUUUCUGGAAUUAAAAAUAAAGCUUUCGUUUAGAUUUGUAUUGCAUUUCGGUCACGGAAUAAUUCACAGUUCCACUUUAUGACUCUGAAACGAGGCCUUCUCCAGGAUGAGGCUGACAAACUCGUGUUUCUCCAGGCAUCCUCGGCACUCCUCUCCCCACGAGGCUAAAAUAUUCCUCAGCUCCACCACUCGCAUCUUUUUCAAGCCUUCGCUGCUCAAAUCCCUCAGCUCAGGCUCUGGGGGAGGGGGAAAAAAAAGGCUUUAAACCAUAUAACCCCAAAUAGAUGUGAGCAUAUGUUACCAUGUUUGAGCUGACAUAUUUGCGUGUCCCUGCUGCUUAGGCGCUGGCAAAUCUUCUCCACGGGAACGUGGGAAGCCAGAGGCUGAGACACGGAUGCAGUGACGCGGGUCGCUGCGUCACUGCUGGCUCCUAGGUAGUAACACUGGGACACACAUACAGGCCAUUAUCCCCCAAAUGGAAUUCUUCUUUUCGGUAUCAUGGGCUAUAAAAGAGCACGUUUGUGUAAUUUGACUGUGCGUCUGUUCAUAUCGUCCGCUCGAUAUUAGGCGAAAUGUUGGUGUGUCCCAAAUAAAAUCUGACUGCAAAAAAGAAACAUGGCAAAAUGUUGUUUUACAUGUAACUGAAUACAGCAUAGUAUAUGAGAUACUAAUUUUAAAAAAUCAUGUAAAGAAAAAGUUUAACCAAAAUUGAGCAUACAAUUUAUAUUAUGGAGUGUGAUUGAUUUAGUAAAAUAACUAGAUAUACCAUUUUUCUUUAUAUACACUUGUAUAUGUACAUGUAAUUUUUUUGAAUUUGAUUAGUUGAUGUCUUAACAUAUUUGAAUGAUACUAGAAAUAAA